AUGACUGUCUCAGAACCAAUUGUUAUCAACAUUAACGCUGCUUUAUUCGAUGUCGAUGGUACCAUCAUUGAUUCAUCACCAUCUAUCGCUGAAUUCUGGAGAGAAUUCGGUAAAGACAAACCAUACUUUGAUGCUGAACAUGUUAUUCACGUUUCCCAUGGUUGGAGAACUUUUGAUGCUAUUGCUAAAUUCGCUCCAGAUUUCGCUAUCCCAGAAUUAGUUAAAGAAUUAGAAGGUUCAGUCCCAGAUAAAUUUGGUCAAAAAGCUGUUGAAAUUCCAGGUUCUCCAAACGUUGUUAGACAAAUCUUAGCUUUGAAAACUCCAGACAACAAACAAAAAGUUGCUGUUGCCACUUCAGGUACCUACGAUAUGGCUGUCAAAUGGUUCAAAUUAAUGAACUUAGAAAGACCAGAAGUUUUCAUCACUGCUGAAUCAGUCUCAAAAGGUAAACCACAUCCAGAACCUUACUUACAAGGUAGAGAAAGAUUAGGUUACAAAGAUGCUGACAAAAAAGUUGUUGUCUUUGAAGAUGCCCCAGCUGGUGUUAAAGCUGGUAAAGAUGCUGACUGUUUAGUUAUUGGUAUUGCUUCAAACUUCGAUGCUGAAAAAGUUAAAGGUUUUGGUGCUGAUAUCGUUGUUCCAGAUUUAACUAAAGUUGAAGUUAAAGGUUACGAUGCUGAAACUGAUACUUUCAAAUUACAAAUCAACGAAUACACUCACGCUUCAGAAGCUGCUUUAAAACUUGCUAGCCAAGCUUAA